UUCACUGUGCUGUAAUGUACAUGUGACCAAUAAAGAUGCACUAUACAACAAUCUGAUUCACUGCAAACUGGAACUGUCUAGAGCAGUUCUCACCCACCCUGUUCCUGUAGAUCUACCUUCCUGAAGACUUGAGCUCCAACCAUAAUCGUGUCCACCUGACCAUCUAAUCAUCGCCUUAAGAAGUUCUUGAGCAACUAACACAGGUGUUAGAGUGUGUUUGGAGAUGAAACCUGCAGGAAGGUAGAUCUCCAAGAAGAACGUUGACGACCACUGAUUUAUAGCUGUAUUAUUUCAGCUGUUUAAACGGACCCAAGUUAUAGUUUACGGCUUAGAAAGGUUUGUCAGCGGGCGGUUGUGUUGGAAAGCAGUCUCCAAUCUGGACGUAAUCUCACACUGGAUCAUAUCAGCAAUACGGCCCUCUCUCUAUUUCUCUCUCUCUCUCUCUCUCUCUCUCUCUCUCUCUCUCUCUCUCCUGACCCUAACCCUCUAACUCUCCUUAUCUUAGAAAGCCCAGAAGUCCCAAGAUACCAGCCAUGCCUGUUGCAUCAUCCAGCUCUGACUCAGCGAUGCACAGCGUCCUGGACACACUGAGCGACAGCACCGGCUCCACCAUGGCCAACGAUCUGGACCUCAUCUUCCUGAAGGGCAUCAUGGAGAGUCCUGUGGCCCACGAGCAGUUCGAGGAGCCGAAGCUGGAGGCAGUGAGGGAGAACAACGUGGAACUGGUGCAGGACAUCCUGAAAGAUCUCACACCGCUCACCCAACAAAGCCAGGCAGCACACGAACUUGCCCGCAUACUCAGUGAGCCACACUUUCAGUCCCUGCUGGAAACGCACGACUCUGUAGCCUCCAAAAGCUACGAGACUCCACCACCCAGCCCCUGUGUCUUCAUGGACCCUGCCUUCAACAACCAGCCCGUCCCUCCCGAUGCUGUCAGGAUGGUCGGCAUACGCAAAGUCUCCGGAGAACAUCUGGGCGUGACGUUCCGCGUGGAGGGCGGAGAGCUGGUGAUCGCACGCAUCCUGCAUGGCGGUAUGAUCGAUCAGCAGGGCCUCCUGCACGUCGGUGACAUCAUCAAAGAGGUCAACGGGAAGGAGGUGGGCAGCGACCCCAAAGUGCUGCAGGACAUGCUAAAGGAGGCCAGCGGCAGUGUCGUGCUUAAGAUCCUGCCCAGUUACCAGGAACCGCACACACCCCGCCAGGCGUUCGUGAAAUGCCACUUCGAUUACGACCCCGCUCACGAUAAUCUGAUCCCCUGCAAGGAGGCUGGACUUCGGUUCCACAGCGGCGAAAUCCUGCAGAUCUUCAACCAGGAUGACCCGAACUGGUGGCAGGCGUGUCACCUGGAGGGCGGCAGCGCGGGUCUCAUCCCCAGCCAGCUGCUUGAGGAGAAGAGAAAAGCGUUCGUAAAGAGAGACCUGGAGCUAAACACGGCAGGACCUCUGUGUGCAGGCAUGGGUGGGAAGAAGAAGAAGAGAAUGAUGUACCUGACCACCAAGAAUGCAGAGUUUGACCGACACGAGCUGCUGAUCUACGAGGAAGUGGCGAAAGUGCCGCCGUUCCGGAGAAAGACCCUGGUGCUGAUCGGCGCCCAGGGAGUCGGACGGCGGAACCUGAAAAACAAGCUGCUGAUGUCACAACCUCAUCGCUACGGCACAACGACACCCUACACGUCCCGUAAGCCCAAAGUGGACGAGAAGGAGGGACAGAUGUACCUGUUCAUGUCGCGCAGCGAGAUGGAGGCGGACAUCAAGAGCGGCCGCUUCCUGGAGCACGGCGAGUACGACAGUAACCUGUACGGCACCAAGAUCAACUCCAUCCACGAGGUUAUCGAGUCCGGAAAGGUCUGCAUCCUGGACGUCAACCCGCAGGCUCUCAAAGUGCUGCGGACAGCGGAGUUCCUGCCCUACGUCGUGUUCAUCGAAGCCCCUGACUUCGAAGUGCUCAAGGACAUGAACAGAUCUGCGAUCGAGGCCAGAGUCGUCACCAAACAGCUCACUGACUGCGAGCUGAAGAGGACGGUGGAGGAGAGCGAGAGGAUCCAGAGAGCUUACGGUCACUACUUCGACCUCACCAUCGUCAACGAUAACCUGGAUGCCGCGUAUCGCAGCCUGAAGGCGGCGCUAGAGAGACUGAGCGCCGAGCACCAGUGGGUUCCUGUGAGCUGGGUUUUCUGAGCCUCAUUAAGAUUCCAUGUGUUUAUACGAGAGUGCGGUGACAUGUGAGCAGCUCCUAAACAAACCUGUUUUAAAUGCUACCAAAAAAAUCACCACGUGUUUUUUUUUUUUUUUUUUUUUUUUUGGUUUUUGGUUUUUGGUGCGUAUUUACCAACACGUGCUAUGCGCCCCCUAGUGGCCAUGCAGUAAAUUAACCCUCACCUGUGUUUACCUAGAAUUUAAAGAUGACCACUCGCUCACUCAGUCACGCAUGCCAGGCUUGUGCGAUUAUAACAAUUGAACUAAUCCUAUAUGUUACCACAUCCUACAAUUUUACACUGCCGCAACGUCCAGGGACAUUCAUUCACCUAAUACGAUCUUACUAAUUGUGCAGGUUUACUUUUUCCUUUAAACGGUAAAACCAUACGAGACUGUACUCGUGGGUGAAGUUUUACAUUUGAUCAUUUACGAGCCCCGCCUUUAUUUUUCUUUUUCUGAACGCAUCAGCCGAGACCGUAAAUGCGAUGAUAAGAAAAUGGCAGCCUCGAAAGGGAAACAGUCAAAAGAACCCCUCGAUCCAAAUGACAUGACCAAGACGAGUAUAUGUUUAUAAUAUUAUAUAUAUAUAUAUAUAAUGGUAUAUUUAGCAUGUACGUCUUCAGGUUGAGUCCAACUUCCUGAGCAGCCAUUUUAGAUCUCUGAUAAUCUUUUAUGGACGUCCUUAGAGUAAACGACGACGAUGGUCUUCCAGUACCUUAAGUCAUAUAGACGGUAGCAGCAUCGCUCUUAAGUCCAAAGAGUAAGAAGCACAUGAACUCGGAUUAACCCUUCUUAGUCGCAGAAGCGGUUUUCUGGAGUCAUCCAUGCCGAUCCACCAAUAUCCGCUACGCAAGUCUAUUUCGGUGAAGACCGCCGCACCGUACAGGGACUCGAAGACAUCCUGAAUCCGGGGCAUGAGAAGACCAUCGGAAGGAAGUUUUCGCAAUCAGCUCACAGACAGUCCGGCGCAAACACGGUGGAAAAACGUCCAUUUGAAUCUAUUGAAGGCUCUGGAACGCAGCACCCUAUCUAGCUCGCAGAACCAUAACUUUCCUCGGAAUAGGGUUAAAGGUCACACUCUGGCCUAGGUCUAACUUUUUCGAGAAGGUCUUGACGGUUGGGAAGAGAACUACAUGCUUUUAUUUAUAUAUAUAUAUAUAUAAAUUACACAUAUACCCUUAUUCCAGUAACACUGUUACAACAGGACGCUGUACCUACACUAUUGCUUUGUAUUUCUAGCGAUUCGAAAGAAAAGUAAACAAACAAAUAAAUAAAUAGUGUCCAGGAUGGGAUUAAACCUUUUAAUGAUGAUUGACGUGAUUUCUGAAGCAGGAGCAGGUGAGGAGGAAGAUUAGACGUGCAGGUCAGAUGGGAAGAAUUUAAUCCAAGUGUAAUUCAGUUCAAUAAUAUAGAAUAAAAUACAAACAGCACAGACCAUGACCAAAUUAAACUGCGCCUUCAAAGUUCAUUUAUUUAUUAUAUUAUAUAAAAACCAUUCCUGUUAAAUCCCUAAAGAAGUGAUGGAGCUGAGAUGUAGUUUAAACGUGUGUGUGUGUGUGUGUGUGUGUGUGUGUGUGUGUGUGUGUUAAUGGAGACUGAACAGCGGUGUAUAUUUGUACAGACUCUGUGUGAAGUGUAGAUGUUGGUUUAUAUGG